AUGGAGACCCCCUCAGCCCCUUCCCACAGAGGGCAUGUCCCCUGGCAGGGGCUCCUGCUCACAGCCUCCCUUUUAACCUUCUGGAACCCACUGACCACUGCUUAACUCACUAUUGAAUCGGUGCCAGCCCAUGCUGCUAAAGGGAGUGAUGUUCUUCUACGUGUCCGCAAUCGACCAGAGAACGUUAGAAGUUAUAGCUGGCACAAAGGGGCAGCAGGAUUGGACAGCCAUCAAAUUGCAGUACGUAUAAUGGACCCUCACAGAAUCGCCCCAGGGCCCAAAUACAGUGGUCGGGAGACGAGAUACCCCAAUGGAUCCCUGCUUGUCCAGAACGUCAAGCAGGAGGACGCAGGAUUCUACACCACCUUCAAUGGCCAGAGCCGGCUGCUCACAGAGAAGAUGAUGCCAUCUCAGGACAACAGAAACCUCAGCAUAGACCCCGUCAGGAGAGAGGACGCUGGGGGUAUCAGUAAUCCCAUGGUGGAAGCUGCACUGAAGGACCCCUCCCAGACUCUACCGGGUCCCUCCCACGUGUGUGCCCUGUCCUGCCCGUUCAUUCCUGGGCCUUCGGGGACUCUGCUCUGCCAGGUGUCCCUGUGCAGCCCCCUCCCUCCUGGCAUCACCCAUGAGGAAAGCAGGAGCUUCUAUCUUGGGGGGAUCAGCUCAGCAGGAGAAAGGUCAGGAGAGCUGUCCCCUUGGGCGGUCCUGCUUGGGAACUGUACUGGAGUUGAGCUCUUCUCCAGAGAGGGAGAGCAGGUGGCAGACACCAUGGAGCCACCCUUGGCCACUCCCCACAGAGUCCACAUCCCCUGGCAAGGGCUCCUGCUCACAGUCUCACUUUUAACCUUCUGGAACUUGCCCACCACUGCCCAAGUCACCAUUGAAUCAGUGCCAGCUGAUGCUGCAGAAGGCAGUGACGUUCUUCUACGUGUCCACAAUUCUCCAGAGAACCUUCGAGCAUAUUACUGGUACAAAGGGAAACGUGCAGUCGAGAGCCAGCUAAUUGCACUGUAUGUGAUAGCCACUCAACACACUCGGCCAGGGUCUGUGUACAGCGGUAGAGAGAAGAUAUACCCUGAUGCAUCCCUGCUGUUCCAGAAUGUCACCAAGAAGGACACGGGAUUCUACACCCUACGAACCUUAACUAUGGAUCUUCAUGAAGAACUUGCAUCUGUGCAGCUCCAUGUGUACGCGGAGUUAGACAAACCCUUCAUCACAAGCAACAACUCCAGCCCCAUGGAGGGCAAGGACUCUGUAGCACUAACGUGUGAGCCUGAGACUCCAGACACAACCUACCUGUGGUGGAUAAAUGGUCGCAGAGCUCCAGACAGUGACAGGCUAGAGCUGUCCAAGGACAACAGGACGCUCACUUUACUCAGAGUCACAAGAAAUGACACUGGAAACUAUGAGUGUGGAACCUGGAACCCAGUGAGCGCCAACCAAAGUGACCCUGUCACCCUGAAUGUUCUCUAUGGCCCAGACUCCCCCAUCACAUCCCCUCCAGUCUCACAUUUCCAUCCAGGGGACAACGUCAGCCUCUCCUGCCAUGCAGCCUCUAACCCACCUGCACAGUAUUCCUGGCUUUUCAAUAAGAGGCCCCAGUCAUUCACACAAGAGCUCUUUAUCCCCAGUGUCACUGCAAAUAAUAGCGGAUCCUACACCUGCCUCGUCCACAACUCUGCCACUGGCCUCAGUAGGACCACAGUCAAGAAUAUUCUAGUCCUUGAUCUGGGGUCCAGCCUGGAAUGUGGGAAGGGGAUUCUCCAAGACCCAUAG